GUCAGGGUCAGGUGAUCACAACAUAAACUAAAAACAUUCUUAAUUUCUUAUGAAUUCCAUUAUAAAUUAUUUACCAAACCCAUAUUUUAAUCAAUCAUGGAAAAAUACGACACCUCCCAACUAACGGAGUUUCCUCGUUUCGAGUCGGAAUCUAGCCAGAGUGGUGUAACAACAUUUUUGAACAAACUGUGGAAAUUUCCUAUCUUUACCCCAAAUGAGCCUGGUGAAAGCCAGGACAAGGGUGAGGAUGAGAAAGCUGAUGAGUCUGUUGAUGAUCAGGAGAGAGAUUACGAUGAUUCUAGAACGGAAACAGGCAGCUAUGUGGUGGAAUACGAGGGGCGUAGUUUGCCUAAUGUUUUGAAGAGAAUCAGUGGCCUUGCUGCAUUAGGGUCAGGGAGUGGCACUCGUUACGCAGACACAGAGCUAGCUCGCUACUGGAUGCCUGAUGACAUAUCUAUGGAAUGUUAUGAAUGUGCGGCGAGGUUUAGUGCACUGAGGCGCAAGCACCACUGCAGAGUGUGUGGGCAGAUAUUCUGCUCGCGAUGUUGCAGCCAGCGUGUACCAGGUCAAAUAUUCGGAUGUGCGGGCGGGCUGCGCGUAUGUACGUACUGCUGUAAUGUAGUGUUAACGUACUUGCGUGAAAACGACAUGACCAAUGAUAUCUCGCCUGACCUAAGGAGUCUGCAAGAGAGUUUGCAAGUAAAGUUCCCUGACAACAAAAUUCAGCAGAAUAAGAACAGGGAUUUCAUGUUCGCGCGUGAACAAGAGCCGUGCGAAGUAAGGAGUUCCACUAAAGAGGCUCUGCACGAUGUAUUCCGGCAGCUGUAUUACGCAUUACCUACUCAACACCACAGGUAUCGUCUAAUGAGGUACAACAGCGUAUGGCGCGGGUACGACAUCAUGCAGUGGAUUAUGGAGCAUACUUCGCAAAAAACCAGGGCUCAAGCGGCGAUCCUGUGUCAGAGCUUGUUGAGCAACGGGUAUAUGGAGCGUAUGACCGAGCCGGCCGCGUUCGCGGACUACGCGCUCUACCGCCCCAUACAACUGAGGCGGGACAGCGACUCCAAUGACGCGCCGACAGCAGAGGAAUGUAACAAUGGACUUGUAGAGAGUGUAUCCUCCUAUUGCCUGGAUCUAAACCUAGGGAACAGCUCGGCUAGACUUAUCAAAGCCACGAAAACUGAACUGAAAUCAACACCGACCAGUGAAGAGGACCAGCCAAUUUUAGAUCAUAAUGAAAAUGGCAACGAUACAAAACAAGUGUGCAAAGCAAUAGAACAAUCCGGAGAGGAGCAUCUGAAGCUGUUGAUGCGCCAGUGGCUCGCAAGGGAAGGUUUACCAGCAGCAUGGUUAGACGCGCUGUACCCACUGUGCGUGCACGCGGCCGAUAUAACAGCACCUGAUAUGCUUAGCAACGACAUAGACGUACGGAACUACGUGCAAGUGAAGAAGGUCCCGGGUGGGAACAUGACUGACAGUUGCGUCAUACAGGGAGUCGUUAUGACCAAAAAUGUUGCACACAGAGGCAUGCCAAAACACAUAUCGAAUCCUACAGUGCUAUUGCUGGAUUGUUCUAUUGCGUAUCAGAGGGUGGAGGGAAAGCUUACUUCAUUGGAGCCCCUUCUAAUGCAGGAGCAAGAAUAUCUAGUCCGUUGCGCAGCCCGAAUAUCAGCCCUUCGGCCUAAAGUAGUGCUAGUGCGAGGCAGCGCAGCCAGGGCUGUGCAAGACGCCCUGCGCGGCGAGGGUGUAGCCCUAGCGGUGGGGGUCCGCGACCGGGCCCUGCGGCGGAGCGCCCGCUGUGCCCGGGCUGACCUGGUGGCCUCUAUCGAUGCAAGGAUCGGAAUGCCGCGGUUGGGCACUUGUAGGAACUUUUAUGUCAAGAAUUUUUCUAGUAAAACUCUCAUGGUGCUAGAAGGUUGUGCAGAACCACAAUUAGGCUGCUGUAUAUUACUCCGUGGAGGAUCUUUACAGGAACUUAUCCGUGUAAAGAAAAUAGUCAAAUUCAUGCUCUUAGCAUGUUAUAAUUGGAAACUAGAAAAGGCAUUCCUAGGUGAUAUAGAAGCAGUACUACCUGAACCCGGAACUUUUGUCGAUGACGAGGAUGACCAACAUGACAAAAAUGAAAAAAUAGGUACUGAAAGUAACAUGAGACAUCAAUUUAACAGUCAAGAUGACAAUGAUGAUAGUAAUGACAUUUCUGAAGGAAGUGAUAAAAUAUUCGGUAAUACAAAUAAUGCGCUGGAUGAUCCUAAUAAGCAAAAUGAUGAUACAACAAAAAAUUCGAAUAUUGGUAUAGAUGAAUCUCGUAAUAAUGAAUCUGAAAAUGAAACAAAUGAUACUUUAAAUGAUGAAUCAAAUGUAAAUAAAAAUAAAAAAAAUGAAGAAGUAAGUGAACUACAACAGAAUAAACAAGAGGAUCACAAUGAAGUGAAAAAGUCAAUAGAAAUCGAUGAUCCAUUGCAAAAAUCAAAGCAGUUUUCUCGUAAAACUGAUAGCGAUAAAAAUCUAAGUUGCGGUGUCCCUAUAAAAGAUUUUAGUGAUCCUUUGCAAUCUAGACUGUCUGUGGAUGAUGACGUAUUUCUACCAAAAGAAGAAGCUAAAUUAAAAGCUGAUAGUCAUAGUGAAAGAUGGUGCACAGACGACGUGGUACUAUCAAUGUCUCCCAACAUAGUAAUACCAGCACCCUCACUAAACCUGCUACCGUUACAACAGCCGCAAACUCCUCACACUCCGAGGGCUUUACGCAAAGAGUCUGCUAAGGCACCCUCUAAGAAUGUGAAGAUACAAGAUCAUCCGUUUGUUAGUAAUCCGAUAACAGCACCGGCGGAUGAUCCAGCGUUAAGAGCAUCUUUAGCUAACUUCCGUGCUGUCGGUUGCCAGCUACCUACUAAUAAACAUAAACCCGAAUGUCCCCACUAUAAAGUAUCAGUAGUUAAAUCUACGGAAGCAGAAGCAGAAUCUAACAAGAACUCGGAAAAAGAACCACUGGAUGUUCUGUCGCCAGAAAAUCAUCAACGACUGAGCCUCUUGCUGUACAGUUAUUGCAAUAAAUCACCCAACGUACCGGACUUCUGUGUUAAUCCUUGGAUAGUGACAAUGGAAAUGUACGGCCGGCACGACAUUUCCCUGGGAGCUUUCCUAGAGAAGUACUGCUUCAAUGGCGACCACAAGUGUCCUGCUUCCAACUGCCACAUUCCGAUGAACCAGCAUAUCAGGAAGUUCGUGCACGAUGACGUAUGCAUUACAAUAACCUGCAACACCAUCGGCCACAGCAACGUCGAUAAAGCCAAAGAGGAGCAGAACAAACAGGUAAUGUUCUGGUCGCGCUGCGAGCAGUGCGGCGCGGUGUCGCGCGGGUCGCGACUGUCGCGCCUGUCUCUGUCGCUGUCGCUGGCGCAGUACGUGCGCACGCGUCUCUCAGCGCCGCGGUACGCGCGCGAGCAAUGUUCGCACGCACUCAACGCGCACUCCCACGCGUUUGUGAGUCGACUCACUACUGCUUGCUUCAGAUACAACAAGAUACCGAUGUACGAGAUCCAGUUGCCGCCGGAUGUGAUCGCUAUCAACUACGACACGAAGCAGAUGCGCGACGCGCUCAUAGCACAUCUCAACGAAAUCAUGCUCAAAGGUCACGAAACAUUCAGCAACGCAACGGAAGUGGAUAUGGAGAAGGAGUACGCGGCGUUCAAACAGCACAUGGAGCAAAUACACCUCGCGCUCACUUCCACGCACGAGCAGGCCUCUUUAGCUGAGCGCGUCCGGAAGCUGUGGAGCGUGUACGACAGCAUCAUCUCGGGGGAGAAGAUGCUGCGCGACGCGCACGACGCACGCGCCACGCACAAACCGAGACCACAAACUGACACCACUUCGGACGAUAAACCAGAUUUGGAAGAAUCAACGGACGUUGCUAACAACGAUAUUACAGAAAAUCUCAUCAAGGACAAUGACAAAGAUCACGCAGGAACGGAAGAAGACGAGGAAAAGGGCGACAAGAAGACGGUCAAACAAAUUCUGUCACAACUUCUGUCCAACAAUCAACCUGCGAAUCAGGGAGGUAUGAUAAUAUCGAGCGGACUGGUCCCCGUGGUAGUGAAGGCUGGGGAGAUCGGCUCCGUCAUAGCGGCCACGCUCGCCUCCGUCACCUACCAGAAGACUCUGCAGCAACAGCGACACACAAGUCAAACUGAACUCGAAGAGGGCGAGAAUACAAAUUCCGUUAGAGAGAAAAGCGAGACGGACAAGGCUAAAACUAAGAGCAAUGAACACAUUGAAGUGUUAUUAAAGGACGGUCUGCUCUGUCGCGUGUACUACGCGUGCCAGUUCCACAAGUUUCGUCACAUGCUGCUGUCGCCGCUGGACGGGGACGAAGACAACAAGCAGUUCUGGGAGGACGCCAAGUGCUGCGAUGAUCUCAGAGACACCAAAGGCCUUUGCGAGAUUGAGGAAGGGUUCAUAAGGUCGCUAGCACACUGCGUACCAUGGGCUGCCCGAGGGGGCAAAUCUGGCUCCACUUUUUGCAAAACUAACGACGACCGGUACGUGUUAAAAGAGAUGACAAAGCCGGAGUGGCAACAGUUUCUGGAGUUCGCGCCUCACUAUUUCAACUACGUCACAAACUGUCGACAGAAAAGAUUACCCAGUUUACUUGCCCGUAUCCUGGGUGUAUUCAGCGUGGGCGGUGCGGCUUGUGGUGUUUUGGUUAUGGAAAAUGUUUGGUAUGGCUCAGGCGGCGCGGCGGUGGAACAACGCUUCGACCUAAAGGGCGCGAGUCGGCAGCGCCUGGCCGCCGGCGCGGCCGCGGCGCCGCCCACCACGGCCGUACUUGUUGAUGAGAACUUGUUGCGACUGCGCUGGGAGCAGCAGCUGCACAUCGGCGGCGCGGGCGCGCGCGCGCUGUGGGCGGGCGUGGAGCGCGACACGCGGUUCCUGGCCGACAACGCGGUCAUGGACUACUCGCUGCUACUGGGCAUACGCGGCCGGACGCUCGUGCUAGGCAUUAUUGAUUACAUACGCACCUUCACAUGGGACAAAAAGCUGGAACAUCUGGUGAAGAAGAACCUCGGGUCGGGCCAGCCCACCGUGGUGUCCCCCGAGCAGUACAAGCGGCGCUUCUGCACGGCGUGCCGGAAGUACUUCCUGCACUGUCCCGAGCACUGGGACCAUCUCUACACUGACAUCAUAGCUCAAUGACGUCAUUGAAUGAUUCUAAAGGAGAUCACCCGAUAUUCAUAGAAUAUUACCCGGCGUAGCGUCGAUUAAUGAUGUACUCGACGAUGCCCGCGACUUAGACUGCAUGGAUUUCGUUUUUGACGUGACAACGU